AUGCGGGGCUGUGGCGUGCUUUGCGCAGGGCACAAGAGGGCAGCGGUGAUCGCCACCACCACAUGUUCAUUGGGAACGCCAACAUUAAGCCCUUCAUUGACAUUACGGCCGGUGACAUGUGCCGCGACGCCGGUCACCAUUCCGGCUUUCCCUCCACCAAUGCGGGGGAGUUUUAUUGACCGGAAUCCCGUCUGGGCCUCUUUCAACGAGAAGCAUACCGCCAAGUCUUUCCGCCACCGCAUUGUCUCCAGCGCGGAUGUCUCGCUGCGACCGCCACAGUUUUAUUUUAGCAAUGGAAAGGCAUCUGCCGGAGAGGCGGCGGUGGUGCAAAAACGGGCGGAAGCAACGGACAGUUACGGUGAACAAUUGGACGAAAUCAGCGCGCGUUGGGCGGCAAAAUUUUACGGUCGUGUGACGUUUGGUCCGCGCAACUACCCCUACCCGUCUUCUCGCUGGUUGGCGCGGCGUUUCAAGAUGAAGAAGCACAGGAUUAUUAAGCGAUUUCGCUUUCGGCGAUACAAGUUGGCGGCUGUCGCCAAUCUGCCCUUUGCAAAGAUGAUCCGUGUUGGACUGCUGCCGGAACUCAAGAGCAGCAAGACGAAGAAGGGCGACGAUGUGGAAGCAGAUCUCAGCGGACGACUCGUUAGCGCCGUGCGCAGCUCCGGGGGGAAGAAGAAGGGCAACCGUGGAAGGCCCAAGUCCAAAUACCAGAUUUAG